AUGACAGCUGAUGUGAUGGUGGUGGUUGUGAUGACAGUAGAUGUGAUGGUGGUGGUUGUGAUGACAGUAGAUGUGAUGGUGGUGGUUGUGAUGACAGCUGAUGUGAUGGUGGUGGUUGUGAUGACAGUAGAUGUGAUGGUAGUGAUGACAGCUGAUGUGAUGGUGGUGGUUGUGAUGACAGCUAAUGUGAUGGUGGUAGUUGUGAUGACAGUGGAUGUGAUGGUUGUGAUGACAAUGGAUGUGAUGGUGGUGGUUUUGAUGAGAGUGGAUGUGGUGGUGGUUGUAAUGACAGCUAAUGUGAUGGUGGUGGUUGUGAUGACAGUGGAUGCGAUGACAGUGGAUGUGAUGGUGGUAGUUGUGAUGAUAGUGGUGGUUGUGAUGACAGCUAAUGUGAUGGUGGUGGUUGUGAUGACAGUGGAUGUGAUGGUGGUGGUUGUGCUAAUAGUGGUGGUGGUUGUGAUGACUGUGGUGGUGGGUGGUAUUGAUGAUAGUGGUGGUGAGGAUAUUACUGGCAACAAUGAUGGUGGUGAUGGUAAUGAUGGUGGUGGUAAUGACAAUGUAGUAGUAGUGAUUGUUUUGUCACAUGGUUAA